GCCCAAUCCAACCCGUGCCCUUGGCUUAGGGUUUACCGGCGUCUCCCUAUCUAUAUAAGCCUCUCCCGCUCGCACCGCCGCCACCUACCCUUUCUUCCUCCCACGCGCAUCCUAGCAACCGGCGGCGGCAGGCGGAAGGCGAACAAGAAGGCGGCAACGAUGGGGCACUCCAACGUCUGGAACUCCCACCCCAAGAACUACGGGCCCGGCUCCCGCGUCUGCCGGGUCUGUGGAAACUCCCAUGGACUGAUCAGGAAGUAUGGGCUGAUGUGCUGCAGGCAGUGUUUCCGCAGCAACGCCAAGGACAUUGGCUUCAUCAAGUACCGUUAAUUCACCUGGUCCUGCUACCCUGAAGUGAAGCUAAUCAGGGAUGAAGUAAUGGAACUCUUAAUGGAAGGCUUAAUUUCAAUUCCAGUAAUGAUUGCUCAGUACUCUGAGAGUGGCUUUAUAUUUUGAUGGAUACUGAAUGAUGUAAUUGUUGAACAUGAGUUAAUUACCCAUGGGGUAGCCUUUUAUCAUUC